AUGGGGGGCAAAACCUCCAAAGGCGAAGCGAGCGAGAGGAAGGAGGCGAUGCCGCCUCUGAAUGUCUCGAUCCUCAACAUGAGUGGAGAAGAGGUGUUCAAGCGCGAGCUGAUGCCAACGAUGACUCUCCUGGGCCUGAAGAAGGCUCUUGCAGAGGAGGUCGGAGGGACCUCGGUGGCUUUGAAACUCAUCCGCGGCAGCGAGACGUUGCAGCCGGACCUUAUGCCCUUGGGGGAGAUGCUCGAAGGGGACACGGAGCUCACCUUCAUCCGAGUCAAUGUUCGCCGCGUUCGCUUCCAGAGUUUGGCAUGGCGAGGCGGCCGAGCUGAUAGUUACAACGACGGGUGCGGCCUCUCUUCGGCAGCACGUGCUGGCGACACGCUCCGCAACGCCAAGGACGAGACUUCCUGGGUCAUGCACGUCCUUGCCGAGGGCGUGAAGUUCGAGUCUGAGAGUCAGCCGGGGCUCUUCAUUUGCAACGCAGAGGAUGGAACUGGCAAGCUUCUGGAAGGCAACGGCCAGCGGGAGGUUUUCCGCGAAAUUCCCGCCUUGAACGGCGAAGAGGACAGCGUGACGUUGGAGAGUCUGGCACAACCUGGAUACUACCUUUGCCACUGCAAUGGCACCAUCUACUUCCAUUCCCUUGACCGGCGCAUGCAGUAUUCAGACACCAUUUUCCGCAACGACGCUAGUUGGCGACUGCAGGAUUACGACUGA